GUGACUGACGGACAAUUUCCGGGAGCACGUGAACGCAGCUCGGCACCGCGCCUCGGUCAGGUAGUGACGUCACCUCCCGGCCGGACGCACAGCUGAUGCGUGACGUUUUGUUUUGGUCGCUUUUCUCCGGGACGUUAGAAACCGACGGCUCCCGCACAUCUCCGGCCUCCCCCCGCAUCUCCGUCUCCUCCAUCACGCGUCAGUGCGGGGCCGCAGCAAACAUGAAAUGGAUGUUUAAAGAGGAUCAUUCCCUCGAGCACCGAUGUGUGGAGUCGGCCAAAAUACGCAACAAAUAUCCCGACAGAGUACCGGUGAUCGUGGAGAAGGUCUCCGGCUCUCAGAUCGUGGACAUCGAUAAGAGGAAGUACCUGGUGCCCUCUGACAUCACAGUGGCCCAGUUCAUGUGGAUCAUCAGGAAACGCAUCCAGCUGCCUUCAGAGAAAGCCAUCUUCCUCUUCGUCGACAAAACCGUGCCCCAGUCCAGUCUGACGAUGGGCCAACUCUACGACAAGGAGAAGGACGAGGACGGUUUCCUGUACGUGGCCUACAGCGGAGAGAACACCUUUGGUUACGAGGCCUUUCACACAACACGUGGUUAAUGCUCAACUGAACACGUCUCACACACACACACACACACACACACACACACACACGAUGACACGCACCACCAUUCUACAAUAAACAAACACGUCAUUUUUUCGAUCAAUUUAAUGGUUUAACUGUUUAAAGGAGAGAAAUAUCUUUAACACUGCCAUGAAAUAAAAUGAUCACCACACACAA